AUGAUUGUGGAAGAUGAGUAUGAUUACGAUGCUGAUGAAGUGUAUGAACCGGAUCCCAUGAACACGGCCUUAACACGAAUUUAUGAAAAACCCAUGGGGCCAAAUGGAGAACCAGUGCAGCAUGAUCCCUUGGUUAGAGACGGUAUUCUUAAGGUGCUGAGCAUAUUUAUCUCUAGAACUGUUCAGCAGGGUGCGGCAACCACAUGCUUUGUGGCACUCCAUCCACAGCUUAAGGAAGUAGGCGGUGAAUACUUUGUGGACUGUAACAUCGCCAAACCGAGCUCUCAGGCAAAAGAUGCAGAUUUGGCAACCAGACUCUGGGACUUUAGCUUGAGUUUGACAAAUGCCAAGUAG